AUGGAGUCAUACAUCCGUGAGAGCAAGAAGCUGACCUUCAAAGGCAGCAAAGGGAAGAAGUUACUCCGUUACGUUGACAUCUCACUCAACAACAAAGGCCUGUACGACAAUCACAUAAUCGAGUUGGUGAAAAUUUUAAAAAAAUAUAUAAAAGUGGUAUACAAUAAUUAUUAUUGCCUGAACAUAGACCUAAGCGAGAAUUAUAUCACCUGCACAGGAAUAAAAACGUUAUUAAAGUUCAUAUUAAAUUAUAGUGAAAAUGUGGGAGUGCAUAUAUUGAAGUUGUAUAAAAAUAAUAUAAAGGAUGAAGGAGUGUCUUUAAUCAAACAGCUAGUUUAUGUGCAGAAGAUACCCAUGGAAGAAUUACAUUUGUCACACAACUUCGUUCAAGAUAACACAUGUAAAGAAUUACUACUUAGUUUCGUACAAGCCAAGAAAGAAAAUAAUUAUGUUUACCCUAGGUACGAGAAGUACCAAAAUUCAUACAAGCAUUUACAGAUCCCUGUGUGGAUACGGCUAGAAUAUAAUUGUAUUCAAAAUCCUAAAGAAAUUCUUAAAGAAGUUGAAGAGUAUGCUAGGAAGAAGAGGGGGUACAAGAGUAACUUAAUUAUAUGUGCGGCUUUAAAAAGUGACAAGCGUUGUUGUCCUUAUAAAUGUUUAAAUGCUACAGUGAGGAAUACGCCGAUCAUGCAUGUGUAUAUGUUCAUACAUCAGAAGGAUAGUUCUGGUCAGGCCGUCUCUAUUGCCAAUGGGAAAGUGAUGAAGGAGGAGAAGAAGAGGGAGUUGUCUUCUCCCUCGGAAGUCACCGAUGCGGGUAGGAUGCACAACAGCGUCCACGUGGAGAAUAAUAAAGGGGAUGUGAAGCAGGAGGAGGAUGACCAACAGGCAGCACUCCUUUCUUCCAAGGGGGAUUCAAAUGCGCAGAUGCGCAGUGGUGCCUCGAAGGGAGGCUCUAAGAGCGUCUCUAAGAGUGUGUCUAAGAUCGCCUCCAAGAGCGCUGCGAAAGGGGCCCUGGCCAAGUCGGGGGAUGGCGUGGCAAGUGCGACGGAGAGCCCAACGAAGCACAAAGGUAGGAACGACAAGGCAACCACCGCUGUUAGAAAGAAAAUGACCAACUCGGGAAAGCGAAGCAUUAAGGGCAGACUCCUCCAUGAUGUGAGUGCGGAUGAGGUGGACGACGACGACGAUGGAGAUGAAGAAGAAGAAGAUUAUGAGGAAGAGGAGGAGGAGGAAGACGAUGACGAGGAAGAAGAGGAAGAAGAGGAGGAGGACGACGAGGAUGAUUACUCUGAGGAAGACGAGGAGGAUGACGAUGAUGAUGAGGAGGAGGAGGAGGAGGAAGAAGAAGAAGAAGAGGAAGAGGACGACGAUGAAGAAGACGAUAGCGAUGAUGAUUACUACAGCAAGCGGAGAAACUCCUUUAAGGCGGGGUCUAAAAAAGGCCUAAAGGGAAAGGAGAAAAAUGGCCAGCUGACCGACGCGGCCUCCCUUUAUGCAAGGAAGAAUGGAACCGUCGCGGGGGCACAGACACACGGACGCGAUGAGGAGGACUACGACGAGGAGGACGAUGAUGAUGAGGAGGAGGAUGAUGAAGACUCUGCCAACGUGGCUGACCCUACCCAGAAGAAGAAAAAAGGAAAAAAGAAGAAAAAGAAAAAAAAAAAGAAAAAGGACAAAAUGGCUGUGAGUCCACUCGAGGGAGGAUACCAGGAGUUGGAAGAGGUGUUGGAGGAGAAGGACGAAAAGGAUGGUAAUGUUGAAGGGGACCAUCAUCAUGACAACCGUGGGGAUACAUUCAGAGUGAGGAAGAGUGCACUGGGCGCAAUGGGUGACCCCCUUCGGCUACACAAGGGUGGCGAGGAGGAACCUUUCACCCCAGAAUUAUACCCCCAGGGGAAUGACCGCAUGAACAUGAUGAGCGAUACUGUUAGUAGCCUCCCCCUCUACAUCAUCCUCGAUUGCGCCGCCGUGUUAGACAUGAAGGAGCUGUGGAAGGAUAACUCGUUCCUUCCUUUUAGUUUCCCCGGCUUACUCUACCUGUACAAUAACAAACUGUUGAGGAGUAACGCGGACAGAGCCGCCAAGGGGAGUGGGGGGGCAAGCACUGGGACGGCCACUGCGGCCACCACCACAGAGGAUAUACAAAACGAUGCGUUCAUUUGUCUCAUGUGUAGCUAUGUAGCAAAUGAGCUCAAAUUGGUGUGCCAAAAGAGUGAAAUCAUUAGGCAAAAAAUGGUAAAUCUUAAAUUGAACAUAUGGGAUAAAUUAUCUGAAUUAGGCAUUAUUGAAUUUUUAAGUGUACCUAAGGAUUUUAAAGAAAAAAAAAAAAAUUUUUUGAAUUCGUCUUUUUUAACAGAAGCACAAAUUAAGCUAGCCAAUGAAUACUACGACAUAUCACAAGAAACUUUACAAAUGAUUCAAUUCUCCAUUUUGUGGUCUACCUAUAUAUACAAAAUUGGAAAUAAGGAAAUAAUUAUUAAGAACGAUGCGAAGGAAAUAAACAAGGGUGAUGUAAAGAAAAGCAGAAAAACCAUUUUCACCGAAGUACUUUACCUGACGUCUUCACCAAAUAUUUAUUCCUUCUUUGAAUACCUCUAUGGGGAGGACAUUAACAUGAUCCUUCCUCUCUGCGUCACGGUCAAUCAGAUUAAUAAAUAUAUUCAUGAAGAACACAGUUACGUCGUGGAGUUAUUGUCUAGUGGGAGACCCGUGGAGGACAAGGGUGGUAACUUCGUACUUGAUAAAGCCUUUUUUAAAAUGUUUAUAAAGGAUAAGUACUCGCGGUAUUUGCCUGAUGGAGAUGAGGUGACAACAACAGGUGGGGGUGUGGCGGCGGCCGUUAGCGGUGGAGCGGCAGCUGCGACUGGUGGAAUGGUGAAAGGAGCAAGCGUGAAGAAGAAGAAAGGAGCCAAUGCAGGAGGAAAGGCCGCGGACGGAGCCACACCUAAAAGGAACGCAGACAAGUUAAAGGAUGGGCUUCUUGCAUCACAUGAAAAUGGUACCCUCUCCGCUGCUACACCACCCAAUCGUAUAAACAGAACGGAAAAGUCAUCCCCAGGAGAAAAGAGAAGCGAUAAUGAUUGCUUCAGUACAAACAUGGAAAUGGGUGCAGGCCAUCUCAACAACAAUGCAUAUGACUAUUAUGAUGUAAAAUCGGUGAAGUCAUUUUCAAAUGAAAAUAUAAAUAAGUUGUGUCAACUGGAGGGCAGCAUUCAAGGUGGGCCACUCGGGAUGGUAGGUAUUAACGGAGGAGAAGGCUCCAUGAACUACACAGUGGAGGAUUUGAAAAAUGAAGGACAUUCGAAUGCACGCAAAGGAAGGAUGACGGGGCAUAUGGGCGAUAACAGGCAUCCCAAUUUUAAUGAUCACCACCCUGGAGGAGGGAACAAAGGAGUUAAGAACAGCAUGGGUGGAAGGACUAGUGAGGAGGAAGAGAUUGCCAAAGGAGGGGGUGGAAAAGGUAGCGCAGUGGCUGCUAUGUAUGCAUCUGGCAUGGACGCCAACAGUGUUGCGCACGGUGUGGCGAACGAUUUCGGCAUGAUGAUGGGGACACCCGCUGCAGGUGGUUCAGAGAAGGACAACGCAACCAUGGGAGGAACCACACAAGGGGGUAAAGAAAAUAAGCGGAGUCUAUACAGUAUGCUGGUAAAUGCCUUCAAUGGAAAGAAGAAGGGUGCACAGAAGGGGGUGGAGACAGGGGGAGCUAACGACCCAGACAAGGAAAGUGAAAACAUUUUUAUGGGUGUAGGUAGUACGAACCAAAGCGUUAGGAACAGCAUAGAUCUUCUGAACAGUCAUGCUGGUGUGGCAAGCGAUUCGCAGGAAGUACAUCUUGAAGGGAGAAGAAGAGAGAACGGGCAACAUGAAGGAAGUGGAGCAAAUAAUGCACCCACCCGCUCCCAACCCAAUAUGCAUAAUGGUAAAGUGAAGAGCACAGAUUUGAUGGACCAACUGAUGCAUGGCGGUAAUGUAACUGCGGCAGGUCAGGUGAAGGUUGGCACUGGGGGAGUUACAGAUCCACAGAUGAGCGUCCCCGCAAAUGAUAAGGCAGCUUAUGUUAGUAGUAAUAAUAAAAGCGGCUCCAGCGUUGUACCCCCUGCGCAUUCCUUGUUCGCAUUUAAUAACUCCGUACUGAAGGGUGUAGGGCCAAGUGGAACGGGAGACUUAUCCUUCCAAGGCCAAAUGGGCACAGAGGGAGGAAGCAGCGACAACAAGAAUGGUGAGGCCAUGGCCAAAGGAGGGGGGGGAGCAGUACACCACUCCACCAUGAGGGGAAACAGCGGUAGUGGUUUAGGAGCAGGACUAGGAGGUGUUGUAAACUUUCCCGUGGACGCUGAAGGGAUGGGUACCUUGGCGAAUAUCACAACCCAAGGGAACUCCAAACCAUCGCAGAAGAACGCCGUCGAGACGAGAAUGGGUUCAGAUGUACUCAACGUUAAUGAAGUCGAGCUGAACACCUUCAUGGAAAGCAUGCCCAAAAGCUUCAAUGACAGUUUAAGUAUGUACCUAGAUAGUAGUAACAGGAACAACAGCUGCUACGACAGCAUCGUUCGAGGAGAAAACAUGAUGCCCUUCUUUAAUCACAACCUCGUGAAGGAUGAAGCGGAAGAGGACUAUGCUAACGUGAGUACGAGGCAGGGAGAGCAUGUGAGGACAGAGGAACAGACGAGAUUAAACGAGAUGAAAAACGUUUUCGAGCUGUAUAAAGUGGACAUACUAAAUACAUCCCUCCUGUUGGAAGAAAUGAUUCUUAACCAGAACGUUUGUAAAUACAUUCCGUCGGAGCUGUACAACAAAAUCCUGAGGUGCUAUGAGCGACUGGACUACCUGCUGGCGGGCCUCAAUCGAGUUGGCAGCCUAGGCGCCAUGAGUGGUCUAAGCUCCAUGGGUGGUUUAAACCCCAUGGGUGGCCUCAGCCCCAUGGACGGGAUGGAUGGGAUAGGCGAGAUGAGCGGCAUGAAAGGGGUCAGCGGGAUGAGUGACAUGAACCAAGACAUUUUGUGUGAAGACUUUAAGAGCUACUGGGAUUAUGCCUUUUCGAAAAACGAGUCCAUCCCUCUGUCCCUCUCUGGGCGGGAUGUGAUGACAGGUGGCGGUGCGAAGGUGAGCCUGGGCGAGGGCGGCGGUGGAAGAGGCAUUAGCGGUGCGGCGCAGGUGCUGGACGAUUUUAUGGAUGGCGCCAGAAAUGUCAGCGGUAACAAGAAUGGCAACGUUACAAAUGCCAUGUUUUACAACACGAUGAAUGGAAACCGAGGGAGGAACAACAGCGCUCUGAAGAGUAGCAUGUUGAAUGCUAGCAGUCAUAGUGCAAAUGGGGGGAUGAGUGGUGGAAGCGGCCCCAUUGUGGCAAGCCAUUUGAACGGUCAAAACAAUGGUGCGGGGACACCCAAGAAGUCCAGGAAAAAACCCUCCAUGAAUAUGAGCAUGGGAAAUGGUAAUAACGUGGACCUAGGGAUCAGGUCGAUAAAGAACAACUCAACGCAGAAGAAGUAUAUUGGGGGAGGGUUGAGUGACGGACUGGACAACACAGGCUUCAUGAAUAACUCUCCUGGUGGUAAUGUAAGCGGAAACAGGAACACCCAAAUGGGAGGGAACGCCACCAACUACAACAUGAGCCAGGGGAUACCCCCCAACCGAAACGGCAACGGAAACCAGGUGGGUGCGAGAAACAGCCGCACAGGAUCGAACAACGCCAAAUCGAAGGACAUGAAAAAUCACAACGCGAUUCCCAAGGACAGAAAUAUGAAAGGUGGUAUAGACGCGGAUGAUUACAAAAACGUGAAUAAACUUCUAACUCUUGGUGGUAACGCGCAAAAUGUGAAGCUGAAUGGAGAGAAAAGCCUUUAUGACCAUGGCGUAGGAGGAAGCGCUGGCAAUGCAGACACGGAGCAUCAGGAACACUUCUCCCACAAAAUGAACCCCUACAACGAUGGUAGUGGCAGCGGCGCAUGUGACUCGAACUUGCUCGCUCUGAUUCACAUGAAGAAGAACAUGAAAAAUGGAGUGAACAGCACCGCGGGGCAGAAGGCAGGGGCCAACAACAGCGCUGCCAACGAGUUAAAUGGACUUCGCAAUAGCAAUUAUAAAAAGUUGCUCAACAAUGAGACGAUUGGUCUUUUUAACAGUCCAGCCAACAAAAACGCUGUGAAUGAAAUGAACCUAAAAUAUCUGGAAGUGCUCAAGAGCCAAUUUAACUUUUCCUCACGAGAGAAUAGGAAAAACGACUGCGACCCGAACGCUCUCAACAGUAGCGUCAUGAGUUUUCAAAACGACUUGGACAAGAAGUACAAGAAUCCCUUAGUGGAUUUAUGCGACAAGGGCAACGUGAAGAAAUUGUGA